GCUGCCUGCCGCUACCAUGUCUCUUCUGCUGAUCCUGCUCUUUUUAACAGUCAUGUCGACAGAAAAUGCAGGAGCGGCUGUCAGACCCAUAGUGAACUUUUCACCAAACUGGGCCACAAUAUUCACAUCCGAAUCUGUAACUAUGACUUGUAAUGUAGAUUCCACUGCACAAGGAGACCUGGGUUAUUCCUGGUAUAAAGAUGGCAGCUUGAUCGGUUCAGGUCAACAGAAAUAUACAAUAGACACUGCCCAAGAGAGUCAUAGUGGGGAAUAUAAAUGUAAGACCCGUGACAGUGACCUGAGUGAAGCUGGUAAACUGACAGUUAGUAGCGGUUACCUCGCCCUGAAAGUUCCACCCUUUGUGUUUGAAGGGGACAUUUUGGAAUUGUCCUGUGCCGCGUAUCCUGGGUACAGCGCUGGGGAAGCUGAACUGCACAAAGGAGAUCAGUCUAUAGGUUCCUCGCACUCUGGGAAUUUCAACAUCGGAAGAGUAAACAUGAAAACUAGUGGUUCCUACACGUGUUAUAGAUCAGUAAAACACCAUUUAAUUUAUUAUGGUAAAAAGAGCAGUGUGUACAUUUCUGUAAAAGAGCUCUUCUCAAAGCCAAUAAUAUCUGUGAAUUCAGGUCAAAUUCAGAUCAAUGAAGGGGGUCACAUGACCAUAACAUGUGACACAAAUCUCAGCCCACACAGAGCGACUACAGAGCUACAGUUUGUUUUCUACAGAAAUGGGCACAAUGUACAGGGAUUCAGUUUAUCCAACCAAUAUGGAGUCUCCUCAGCUCAGCUGGAGGAUUCUGGGAAUUAUACCUGUGAAAUAAAAGAUCAAUCUGGGGGUGUGAAGAAGGAGAGUGACCCAAAAAGUAUCCAGAUAAAAGCACAGAAGCUUUCUGGUGUGAGUGUGAGGCUUGAGUCGGCAGGAGGACAGGUUAUUGCUGGGGAGAGGUUGGAGAUUAUCUGCUCAGUGGAAAAGGGGAUGGGAUUAUUGAGUUAUUCCUGGUGUAAACAAUCCAGUCCCAGCUGUGACACCAAAGAGUCUUCAGCUUCGGAGCAACGGUUUGUGGUAGAAAGAGUUCCUGAAGAUUAUGGAGGAGAAUAUCAGUGCACCGUUACCAGAGUUGCUACUGGGAACUCCAUGCGAAGUCGCAAGUUCUCCAUCUCUGUCCAAGUGAAGUUGGGCAAACCGGAGCUAAAACUUGGUCCUGGCAAAGUAGCUGUGGGGGAUUCUGUGGAUCUUUUCUGCGAGUCCAAGAGUGGAUCUUUCCCAGUUGAUUAUGAAUUCUAUCACAGGAAUGAUUCAGUAGGGAAAGGUAAAGCUGAAAAGAAGGAAGAUGCUAAAUACCGGGUGACUGUCACCUCCAUCACCAUGACUGGACCUUACUCUUGUGCCUUGCAAACUGAGGUCUCCAGCAAAAUGCAGCUCAGUGAGGGACUUGUUUUGUCUGUAAUGGAACCAGUGGCAGAUGCCAGAAUUACCCCUGGGGAAGAUGAACUUGCAGUGACAGCAGAAGACAAUCUGUGCUUAACCUGUUCUGUAGCAAAAGGCACUAGUCCCUCGUUCCUUUGGAUUUAUAAUGAGACAAUUGCAAAUGAAUCAGGACUGUUCCAGGUCCAAGAAUCUGGGAAAUUGCUUUGUAUAGAGUCAGCACAGCUUCACCAUGCUGGGACAUACAGGUGUCAGGCCAGCAACCAACUUUCAUCCAACAGGAUCUUCUCUGUUACCAGCAACAAUGUCACCAUAAGCAUCUCAGAGAAGAACUAUCUAGUGAUGGGAAUUGGAAUCACAGUGGCUUUCCUGGUUCUACUUUUUGUUACUACCAUUGUUGCCAUUACACGCAGGAGCAACAACUGUUACCAUUUCCCAAAAAGCUCAGGUGGUUUAGUAACUAAAGAUCUGGACCGGACUGCUCCGAGACAACAAGCUCCUGACCAUUACACGACAAAUGAUGUGACACCCCGUGCAGAACAACCAGUGUACGGCAAUUGUAUUGAAGAUGUCACUCAUGGAAAAGAUGAUUGUUAUGGUUACUAUGUUAACCAUAAACCAACAGCAUCUACUUUUCCAAAGAAGAAUAUUGAUGGAGCUUCUGUUAAAUACACUAAGGAAAAGAAUAAAUCCACUAUAGCUUUCCAGCAUCAUGAAGAACCUGAUUCUUCCAUCUAUGAGAACUUCAGUGCCUCAUAACUUCAUGUAAAAUUACAGCACAAUCACUACUACAUUUUCACAGUCACGGCCCAGGAAUCUGUUCUUUUCAGCUGAAUAAAAAAUAGACACAAUUGAACUUAUUCAUGAAAUAAUAAUUACUCCCCAGCUCUAAAUUAAUGAAAUAAGAAGGAAGUUCAGCUUUAUUUCCUUUCUUUUUUUUUUUUUUAACUCAUUAUAUUUCCUCCAAGAUCUUCCCCUGUCCCUCAGAUAUCACUCACCGUAAACAACACCACCUUUCAUUCCACCACACAGGCUGCCUAGGAGUCAUCUUAGACUCUCAUCUGUCUUUUUCACCACACAUUCAAACACUUGCAAAAUCUUGUCAUAUUGAACUGCGCAACAUUGCUCGAAUACGACCCUAUCUCAGUUCAGAAUCAACUAAAACACUGAUUCAGUCUCUCAUCAUCUCCCGCCUUGAUUACUGCAACUUACUCCUCACAGGUAUUCCAACAAGUCACCUUUCACAACUCCAAUCUGAUCUAAACGUGGCCGCUAGACUCAUUCAUCUAUCUCGCCGCUCAACAUCAGCUGCUCCCAUAUGUAUGUCCCUUCACUGGCUCCCAAUCUCUUCUAGAAUCAAAUUCAAAUUACUUACACUCACAUUCAAGGCCCUUAAUAAUGAAACCCCUCCCUAUAUUUCAUCUCUAAUCUCCAAAUACUCUCCUUCAUGCAACCUUCGUUCUGCUUCUGAUCUUCGCCUCACUUCUCCUCUGGUCACUUCUGCCCAUUCUCACCUACAAGACUUCUCUCAGGCUUCUGCUUUUCUCUGGAAGUCUCUGCCUCCAGCUGUCAGACUUUCUCCUUCCUUCCAAACUUUCAAGCGCUCCUUAAAGACCCACCUGUUUAAAGAGGCCUAUUCGUUGUACCUUAAUUUAUCAUUGCUGUAUCAAAAAUGACAAAAUGUUUAUAUAAUCCUAAUGUCUCAAUUGUACCCUAACCUUUAGUUUGUAAACUCUAAUCUCUAGGUCCUUCUAACCCUAUUGUACUCUGUAAUCCUUGUUUGUUAUCCACCAUUUAUUCCCUGUUUGUUAUAACUGCAGUAAAGCACUGCGUAUCUUGACAGCGCUAUAUAAAUAAAUGAUGAUGAUGA